AGGAAGCUGCGACUCGGUGGUAGGAAGCCCGCUCGUGACGUCAUAAGCCCUCGACGGAGAUGUGCCUGAGGGAAGUUUCCGCGGGAGCGGAUGGGGUCCUUCCUCUGAGGGGAGCUUCCGUCUUCAUCGCCGACGGGCUCGGCGUCCUGCUCUGAGGAGGCCCCUCGAGAUCUCUGCCAGGGAUCCAACCGGGCCUGAGAUGUCUUCUGGGCUCCGGGCAGCCAGCCUUCCCGCCUGGAAGCGGCACAUCCUGGAUGAGCUGAGGCGACGUGACCGGCUCCAGAGGCAGGCCUUCGAAGAGAUCAUUUUGCAAUAUAACAAGCUUCUAGAGAAGUCAGAUUUCCAUACAGUAUUGGCUGACAAGCUGCAAGUAGAAAAAUAUGAUUUGCCAAGUCGGCAUGAGAUCAGUCCAGGACAUGAUGGGGCAAGGAAUGAUGCUCAUUUGCAAGAAAUAGCCCAGCUAAGAAUUAAACAUCAAGAAGAGUUGACAGAGCUGCACAAAAAACGUGGCGAGCUGGCUCAGUCUGUUAUUGACCUAAACAACCAAAUACAACAGAAGGACAAAGAAAUGCAAAUAAAUAAUACAAAGAUUGCAGAAUAUUUGCAAAAGAUAUCUGAAUUGGAGACGGAGUGCCAAGAUCUGCGUAAUAAGCUACAAGAUCUUGAACGAGCCAAUCAAACUCUUAAAGAUGAAUAUGAUGCUCUACAGAUUACUUUCACUGCUCUUGAAGAAAAACUAAGAAAAACAACUGAAGAUAACCAAGAGCUGGUGACCCGAUGGAUGGCAGAGAAGGCCCAGGAAGCUAAUCGGCUCAAUGCAGAAAAUGAGAAAGAUUCUAGAAGACGACAAGCCAAGCUUCAGAAAGAGCUUGCAGAAGCUGCAAAAGAACCACUACCAGUUGAACAGGAUGAUGAUAUUGAAGUGCUUGCAGAUGAAACCUCUGAUCCAGCUGAGGAGACUUCUCCAGUGCGUGCAGUUACACGGACAUCCAGUAAGCGACUCUCCCAGCCAGCUGGAGGCCUUCUGGACUCUAUCACUAAUAUCUUUGGUCUGUCUGAGUCUCCCCUUUUGGGACAUCACUCUUCUGAUACUGCCAGGAGGCGUUCUUUGGCAUCCUGUCCUGCCCCUCAAGAUAUAGUGGAUGUACAUCCAGGCGCAAACAAAGAUGUGCGAGUCCCAAACACUGCAGUGUGUGUCUUUGAUGCACAUGAUGGGGAAGUAAAUGCAGUGCAGUUCAGUCCAGGUUCUCGGUUAUUGGCAACAGGAGGCUUAGACCGGAGAGUCAAGCUCUGGGAAGUCUGUGGAGAUAACUGUGAACUGAAAGCCUCUCUAUCUGGCAGUAAUGCAGGGAUUACAAGCAUAGAAUACGAUAGUGCUGGCUCUUACUUAUUAGCAGCUUCAAAUGAUUUUGCCAGUAGGAUCUGGACUGUAGAUGAUCAUCGGUUACGGCACACGCUCACAGGUCACAGUGGGAAAGUCUUAUCAGCAAAAUUCUUAUUGGACAAUGCACGCAUUGUAUCUGGGAGUCACGACAGAACCCUCAAACUGUGGGACCUGCGCAGCAAAGUCUGUAUAAAGACAGUGUUUGCAGGCUCCAGCUGCAAUGAUCUGGUCUGCACAGAACAGUGUGUCAUGAGUGGACACUUUGACAAGAAAAUUCGGUUUUGGGAUAUUAGAACUGAGUGUGUGGUACGAGAAAUUGAAUUACUUGGUAGGAUUACAGCUCUAGAUCUCAACCCAGAGAGAACAGAGCUCCUCACAUGUUCUCGAGAUGAUCUGUUAAAGAUAAUUGAUCUCAGAGUCAAUGCAGUCAAACAGACAUUCAGUGCCCAAGGGUUUAAAUGUGGGUCUGAUUGGACCAGAGUUGUAUUCAGUCCUGAUGGGAAUUAUGUAGCAGCUGGUUCGGCAGAAGGAUCACUCUAUAUUUGGAAUGUGCUCACAGGAAAGGUGGAAAGGAUCCUGUCCAAGCAUCACAGUAACUCAAUCAAUGCUGUGGCAUGGUCACCAUCUGGAACCCAUGUGGUUAGUGUGGACAAAGGAAACAAAGCUGUGCUAUGGUCUGAAUUUUGACCUGAAAGUGCAAAAACUGCCAUACCAAAAAUCCACACAAGAGCGCAGUGGCCUGUGUCUGGGCAGGAGAGAAAUUCCACAUCUGUUUCCAGCUAUGGUCUUCUGCUGAGUGCGUAAACUCGAUCCCAGGAAGGACGCCUGAUGCGCCAGCCGAAGAAGGAAAGCCCGUCCCAUCUAAAGUACAUUGCUAGCAUUCAGUCGUGCUAAGGAUUGACUGCAUUUGGUGGAGAACCAAUUGUUUUUUACAAGUGCCAUCUAUGUGUUUGGAUGAGUUCCCUCACCAGAAGGCAGUGCCAAACCAUUUCCUAAGGCACUUCAAGCUUUUGAAUUCCUGUAUUUCCUCAGUUUUAUGCAUGUACUAUCUUCUGUGGUCUAGCUAUGAUGUGAGGUUGAAAGAUCCUGAAACAUAGUAAAGGAACAAGCUCAUGAAUUUGGCAGUUAUGUUGAUGGAGCUACUAGUGCUUAUUAAGUCACAGUUUCUUCUAUCAGGUUAAGGUCUAGUAAGGGGACCUUUUGGUGCGUUGCUUUUUCCAAAGUUUUUCUUACCAAGUUUGGACAGAAAGUGAUACACAAGCAUUUUAAUUUGACCCAGUUUGUUUGGGGCUUUAAUUGUGGGAUAGAGUGAGACAUUGCUGUGAUGAAUGUAUGAGUAGCAAGACUUGAGCACCAAAACCAAAUACACGGUUACUUCUGCUGCCCAGCCGUCCUUCUGUACUGCAGCUUCUCAAGCACAGAGGAGCAAGGGGAAAACCAAGACCUGAAUGUAUGUGUCCUCAUGCUGGCAAAUCCAGAUCACUUGCCACUGAUUAAAUGUGCAAUAUCCUUCCUGGUUGGCACUCUGCCUUUGCUGUGGAGCAGACUUGCCGGCUUGUGUCCCUGGGCAUUUAAAUGCACAACAUGAUUUGGGGAUGAUUAAUUUGUGGCACAGAUCAUUCAGCGGAACACUUUUUCCAAGAUCCAGUGGGCUGUGUGACAAGCCACGAGCAUUUAAUUGCCUUUUAAUUUGCACUUUAAUUUUGGUUCCUUCCUAAACUUGUUUUGUAGGGAAGUUCAUAUUGAAGGGGAGAGGUGAGCAGGGAUUAUUUGUACCUGGGUUCUUAGCAAGGAGCCUCUUCAUUUUAACAACUUCUGCUGAGGAAGAACAUGGAACAAAUCUUAUUUAUUGUAUUAAUCCGCCCACUAUUACUUGACUGACUAUAAAUAAACGUGUCCUGCUUCAAAAUUA